AUGGACAAGAAAGAGCAGCAGCGCAGGGCCGUCUGCGGCGACAUCCCGCCCAUCCCGGACGAGCUCACGAACGAACACGCCGUCUACGGCUACCUCGUCACCUCCGCCGACGCCCACCGCUCCAACAAAUCCGACAGCCCCAUAUACAUGCUGCAGUCCUACAUCAAGAACGUCGCCUCCGAAGCUGGCUUGGCUUCCCUAGUGCUCCGAGUCACCUGGGCCCACCUCCAAGAUCUCUACGACUCGAACCUGUACGGGGACCAACACGUGAUCCUCGCCCGGACUACACGCAAGUACGGGGGCGCAGAGCGGCCCGUGCAGGACCUCCGUCAGUGGCGCGGGUCCCUCCGGGAGUUCGAAAGGCUGCUGGGGCUCACGGAAGGCCCUAAGUGGAUGCAGGCCGAGCGCGACUCACAUAGUGCGGCGGAAGUCUCUCGCCCGGAGCUUUUCGAUCGCGGACGGAGCUGUGACAUGGAAGCCAAGUACUGGAGUCUACCUCAUCUUGGGCCCGUGUUACCGGUUCGGUUCGAGGGCACCUCCGCAACUCUGAGUGCCUGCCCUGGCACUGAGGGCGAUCUAUCCAAAGCGCCAUGGAGUCUAGACAACGACGACCACGACGAAGUGUACUACGUCUGCGGCGACAUCCCGCCCAUCCCGGACGAGCUCACGAACGAAUACGCCGUCUACGGCUACCUCAUCACCUCCGCCAACAUCCGACAUUUCCGUAACCUUGAACUCAAAGACCCCAUACACUUGCCACAGGCGCAUGUCACGGCAGCCGGCACAAGGGCCGGUUUUUUCUUCAUCCACGUCGUCCGGGUCCACACCCAGGAUAUCGACGACGCUAACCCAUAUGGCGACCUACACGUGGUCUUCGCCCAGAUUAAACACAAAUACGGGGGCGCCGAGCGGCCCGUUCGGGACUUCCGUCCGUGGUGCGGCUCCCUCCAGGAGUUCGAAAAGCUAUUGGGGCUCGAUGAAGGCCCCAAGUGGAUGAAGGCCGAGUGGUGA